CGUUUGAACACACGGAGAAGUCGCCCGAAGCCCGCAGCAGCAGCAACCAUGGCCAGCGCCAAGAAGCUCGACCUCUACUCGAUCCUCGACGUCCCGCCCCAUGCGUCCAUGGACGACGUCAAGGCCGCCUACCGCAAGCUCGCGCUCCUCCAUCACCCCGAUCGCAAGGCGCCGCAGGGCUCGAUUCCGAGCGGCGCGUCCAGCUCCUUCUUCCAAGAUGUCAACGAGGCCUAUGAUACCUUGAGCAGUGUCGAGUCGCGCACGCAGUACGAUCUCAAGACGUAUGGCAUGUCGACGUUCGCGACCGUCGGCUCCACGGACGGCGUCGUCAAGGACGAUGGCUACAAGCGCAUGACGUCCGAGGACGUGAACCGCCUCAUGGCCAACGCCAACUCAUUUGAUCGCUUUACGACGGCCGAGUACCACCGCAACCGCUCCGUCAUGGCCCCGAACGCCAUUGGGCGCCGAGCGACCGACUUUGCCGAGCGCAAGCAGUUCCGUUCCAAGGCUGUGCCCCUCCCGACGAAGAACGCGACGAUCGGGUGGCUCGUGGUUCCUGUCCUGGCACUGGGGCUCUGGGCUGUGAGCGUCAACUCCAUGUGGCAGGGCAUCAAAAAGCCCAUGGCCCCGACCAAGCGACAAUAGACGUGCGCAACAUGUGAAUAAACAACGUAUCCUAUUGCA